AUGAAGAACAUUUUCCGGCUUAUUCUGAAACUUGUCAAUUUUGUGACUCUUGGCUGCGUAUGGAUUUCUGUGGUACAGUGCACAGUUUUAAACAGCUGCCUAAAGUCAUGUGUAACUAACCUGGGCAGACAGCUUGACGUCGGCACACCGUACAAUCUGAGCGAACCGUGCAUCCAAGGAUGUCAUUUUUGGAACUCCGCAGAUCAGGAAAACUGUGCUUUAAAGUGUAAUGAUACCUAUGCUGCUGUUAGUGAGCGAGAAUCCUGCGAGGUCGGCUGCAGCAGUGGGGAAGGUGCAUACGAAGAGGAAGUGUUAGAAAAUGCAGACUUCCCCACUGCACCCUUUGCUUCUUCCAUUGGAAGCCACAGUGUGACACUGCGAUGGAAAUCUGCCAACAUCUCUGGAGUGAAAUACAUCAUUCAGUGGAAGUAUGCACAACUCCGUGGAAGCUGGACUUACACUGAGGCUGUGUCCAAGCUCUCCUACGUGGUGGAGACCCUGCAUCCAUUCACUGAAUAUAUUUUUCGAGUGGUUUGGAUCUUCACAGCCCAGCUGCAACUGUAUUCCCCACCAAGCCCCAGUUACAGGACCCAUUCUUAUGGAGUUCCUGAAACUGCUCCCCUGAUUAGGAAUAUUGAAAGCUCAAGUCCUGACACUGUGGAAGUGAGUUGGGCUCCACCUCAAUUCCCAGGUGGACCCAUUUUGGGUUAUAACUUAAGGCUGACCAGCAAAAAUCAAAAAUUAGAUUCAGGGACACAGAGAACCAGUUUCCAGUUUUACUCCACUCUAGCAAGUACCACCUACAGGUUUUCUAUUGCAGCAGUAAAUGAAGUUGGUGAGGGGCCGGAAGCAGAAUCUAGUAUUACCACUUCAUCCCCAGCAGUUCAAGAAGAGGAACAGUGGCUCUUUUUAUCCAGGAAAACUUCUCUAAGAAAGAGAUCUUUAAAGCAUUUAGUAGAUGAAGCACAUUGCCUUCAGUCAGAUGCUACACGCCGUAAUAUUACAGGAAUAUCAGUUAAUGUCCACCAGCAAGUUGUUUAUUUCUCUGAAGGAAUGCUCAUAUGGGUGAAGGAAGCUGCCAACAUGUCUGAUGGGUCUGACCUGAGAAUUUUUUACAGAGGUUCAGGAUUAAUUUCUUCCAUCUCUGUAGACUGGCUUUAUCAGAGAAUGUAUUUCAUCAUGGAUAAACUGGUAUGUGUCUGUGAUUUAGAGAACUGCUCAAGCAUUGAGGAAAUUACUCCUUCCUCCAUUAUUGCACCUCAAAAAAUUGUGGCUGAUUCGUACAAUGGGUAUAUCUUUUAUCUCCUGAGAGACGGCAUUUAUAGAGUCAAUCUCCCUGUGCCCUCUGGUCGGGACUCAGAAGCCAUGCAUAUUGUGCAGAGUUGCACAUUAAAGGACUUUGCAAUAAAGCCGCAGUCCAAGCGGAUCAUUUACUACAACGACACCACCCAAGUCUUCAUGUCAACCUUUCUGGACGGCUCCGCUUCCCACCUGAUCCUACCUCACGUCCCCUUUAAUGAUGUGAAGAGCUUUGCUUGUGAAAACAAUGACUUCCUGGUCACAGAUGGCAAGGCCGUUUUCCAACAGGAUUCUUUGUCUUUUAAUGAGUUCAUUGUGGGAUGUGACCUGAGUCACAUAGAAGAAUUCGGCUUUGGCAACUUGGUCAUCUUUGGCUCGUACACCCAGCCACACCCCGUGCCGGGCCACCCGCAGCAGCUCUCCGUGCUGUUCGGCUCCCAACAGGCCCUGGUUCAGUGGACGCCCCCAGCCCUCGCCAUCGGAGCCAGCCCUUCCGCUUGGCAGAACUGGACUUACGAGGUGAAAGUGUCAACCCAAGACUUUCCUGAAAUCACUCACAUUUUCCCUAAUAUAAGUGGGACCAUGCUUAACGUACCCAACCUUCAGAGUGCUACGAAAUACAAGGUUUCUGUGAGAGCGAGUUCUCCCAAGGGGCCCGGCCCUUGGUCAGAGCCCUCAGCGGGGACUACCCUGGUACCAGCUACAGAACCACCAUUUAUCAUGGCUGUGAAGGAAGAUGGGCUUUGGAGUAAACCAUUAAAUAGCUUUGGCCCAGGAGAAUUUUUAUCCUCUGAUAUAGGCAAUGUGUCAGACAUGGACUGGUAUAACAACAGCCUCUACUACAGCGACAUGAAAGGUGAUGUUUACGUGUGGCUGCUGAACGGGAUGGAUGUCUCAGAGAAUUACCACAUACCCAACAUUGCAGGAGCCGGGGCUUUAGCUUUCGAAUGGCUGGGCCACUUUCUCUACUGGGCUGGAAAAACAUACGUGAUACAAAGGCAGUCUGUGUUGACAGGACACACAGACAUUGUGACCCAUGUGAAAUUGUUGGUGAAUGACAUGGUGGUGGAUUCCGUUGGUGGAUAUCUCUACUGGACCACACUAUAUUCAGUCGAAAGCACCAGGCUAAAUGGGGAAAGUUCCCUUACACUACAGGUGCAGCCAUGGUUUUCUGGGAAAAAGGUAAUUGCUCUAACUUUAGACCUUAGCGAUGGGCUCCUGUAUUGGUUGGUUCAAGACAGUCAAUGUAUUCACCUGUACACAGCUGUUCUUCGGGGUCAGAGCAGCACCGGGGAUCCCACCAUCACGGAGUUCGCAGCCUGGAGUACUUCCGACAUUUCCCAGAACGCGCUGAUGUACUACAGCGGCCGGCUCUUCUGGAUCAAUGGCUUUCGGAUUAUCACGGCUCAGGAAAUAGGUCAGAGAACUAGCGUCUCUGUUUUGGAACCGGCCAAAUUUCAUCAGUUCACAAUUAUUCAGACAUCCCUCAAGCCUCUGCCAGGGAACUUUUCCUUUACCCCUAAGGUUAUCCCAGAUUUCAUUCCAGAGUCUUCUUUUAUGAUUGAAGGGAAUGCUUCAAGUUUUCAAAUCCUCUGGAAUGCUCCUCCAGCAGUGGAUUGGGGUGUAAUUUUCUACAGUGUGGAAUUUAGUGCUCCUUCUAAGUUCCUGGCUAGUGAACAACAGUCUUUACCUGUAUUUUCUGUGGAAGGGCUGGAGCCCUAUGCCUUAUUUAAUCUUUCUGUCACUCCUUAUACCUACUGGGGAAAGGGCCCCAAAACAUCUCUAUCACUCCGAGCACCUGAAGCAGUUCCAUCAGCACCAGAGAAUCCCAGAAUAUUUGUAUUACCAAGUGAAAAAUACCACAACAAGAACGAAGUUGUGGUGGAAUUUACGUGGAAUAAACCUAAGCAUGAAAAUGGUGUGUUAACAAGAUUUGAAAUUUUCUAUCAAAUAUCCAAAGAAAGUGACACAAACAAAACAUUUGAAGACUGGAUUGUUGUCACUGUCACUCCCUCAGUGAUGUCUUUUCAACUUCAGGGCAUGAGUCCUGGGUACACUGUUGCCUUCCAGGUUCGAGUCUUCACAUCCAAAGGACCUGGCCCAUUUUCUGACAUAGUAAAGUCCAAAACAUCAGAAAUCACCCCAUUUCCAUACCUCAUAACUCUUUCUGGCAACAAGAUAGCGUUGUUAGAUAUGGAUCAAAAUCAAGUUGUGUGGACGUUUUCGGCGGAAGGAGACAUCAGUGCCAUGGGCUACACGGCCGACGAUGCAGUGGGGUACUUUGCGCAAGGAGACGCACUCUUCCGUCUGAGCAUGCACGAUCGGUCCAGCUCAGAGAUUUUCCGGGAUGCACUGGUUUUUGAUAUCACAAUGAUUACAGUUGACUGGCUUUCAAGGCAUCUCUACUUUGUGCUGAAAGGAUUGCACAAUGGAAUGCAAAUAUUUGAUCUUGAUCUUGAAAACAAGGUGAAAUAUCCCAGGAAACUGAAAAUUUGUAACAGAAAUUCAACAAUAAUCUCUUUUUCUGUGUAUCCCUGUUUAAGUCGCCUGUAUUGGACAGAAGUUUCCAAUUUUGGAUCUCAGAUGUUCUAUUACAGUAUUAUAAACCAGACCUUGCACCAAAUUCUGCAACCCACAGCCAUAAACCAUCCAACUGGAAGGAGCCAAUGUUCCUGCAAUGUGACUGAAUUGGAGUUAAGUGGAGCAAUGACUAUUGACACCUCUGACUUGAAGAAGCCACAGAUAUACUUUGUCAAAGGGCAAGAGAUCUGGGCCACGGAUCUGGAAGGAUGUCAGUGCUGGCAAGUUACCAUGAUGCCUGCUCUGCUUGCAGGAAAAACGCUUGUUAGCUUAACUGUAGAUGGGGAGUUUCUCUAUUGGAUUGCCACAGCAAAGGACAGCACACAGAUUUAUCAAGUAAAGAAAAGCAAUGGGGUCAUCCUCUCUCAGGUAGAGACUCCAAGGAGUAAGCGUAUCUUGGUUUACAGUUCGGUUCUGCAGCCUUUUCCAGAUAGAGCAUUUCUGUCUUUAGCUUCAGAUAUUGCAGAGCCGACUAUACUUAAUGCCACUAACACCAGCCUCACAAUCAGAUUACCACCUGCCAGGACAAACCUCACGUGGUACGGAAUCACCAGCCCUACUCCAACGUACCUGGUUUAUUACAAAGAAGUUAAUGGCAGGAAAGACAGCUCUGAACUGGAAGAUAGAAUGCUGGAAUUUCAGAAGAGUAUAGCCCUUAUUGAAGGUUUACAGCCAUUUUCAACAUAUAUGAUACAGAUAGCUGUAAAGAAUUAUUAUUCAGAUCCUUUGGAACAGUUACCUCUGGGAAAAGAGAUUUGGGGAAAAACUAAAAGUGGAGUACCAGAGGCAGUUUGGCUCAUUAACACAACUGUGCAGUCAGACACCAGCCUCGUUAUAUCCUGGAGAGAAUCUCCCAAGCCAAAUGGACCAAAAGAGUCAGUCCGCUAUCAGGUGGCAAUCUCACAUCUGGCCCCAAUUCCUGAGACUCCACUAAGGCAAAGUGAAUAUCCCAAUGGAAGGCUCUCUCUCCUUGUUACUAGACUGUCCGGUGGAAAACUAUAUGUGGUAAAGGUUUUGGCCUGCCACGCCGAGGAAAUGUGGUGUGCUGAGAGUCGUCCUGUCACUGUCGAAAUGUUUGACACACCGGAGAAACCUUAUGCCUUGGUUCCAGAGAAUACUAGUUUGCAAUUAGACUGGAAGGCUCCAUCUAAUGUUAACUUCAUCAGAUUUUGGUUUGAACUCCAAAAGUGGAAGCACAAUGAGUUUUACCAUGUUACAGCUUCGUGCAGCCAAGGUCCUGCGUAUGUCUGUAACAUCACAGAUCUACAACCUUAUACUUCCUAUAAUGUCCGAGUAGUGGUGGUGUACAGGACAGGAGAAAACAGCACGUCUCUUCCAGAAAGCUUUAAGACUAAAUCUGGAGUCCCAAGUAAACCAGGCAUCCCAAAAUUAUUAGAAGGGAGUAAAAAUUCAAUACAGUGGGAAAAAUCUGAUGAUAAUGGAAGCAGACUUAUGUACUAUAUCCUUGAAAUCAGAAAGGGCACUUCAAAUGAUUCACAGAAGGAGAAUUUAAUGUGGAAGGUGGCAUUUAAUGGAUCAUGCAGUAGCAUUUGCACAUGGAAGUCCAAAAACCUGAAAGGAACAUUUCAGUUCAGAGUAGUAGCUGUAAAUAAUCUGGGGUUUGGUGACUAUAGUGGAAUCAGUGAGGAUAUUGUAUUAGUUGGAGAUGGUUUUUGGAUACCAGAAACAAGCUUUAUACUUACUAUUAUAAUUGGAAUACUUCUGGUUAUAACAAUUCCACUGACUUUUGUCUGGCAUAGAAGGUUAAAGUAUCAAAAAACUCCUAAGGAAGGGCUGACAGUUCUCAUAAACGAAGACAAAGAGUUGGGCGAACUUCGGGGUCUGGCCACUGGAGUAGGACUGGCCAAUGCCUGCUAUGCGAUACAUACUCUUCCGACGCAAGAGGAGAUUGAAAGCCUUCCUGCCUUCCCUCGGGAAAGACUGAGUCUGCGUCUCUUGUUAGGAAGCGGGGCCUUUGGAGAAGUGUAUGAAGGGACAGCAGUAGACAUCUUAGGAGCUGGAAGCGGAGAAACCAAAGUAGCAGUGAAGACUUUGAAGAAGGGCUCCACGGACCAGGAGAAGAUUGAAUUCCUGAAAGAGGCACAUUUGAUGAGCAAGUUUAAUCAUCCCAACAUUCUGAAGCAGCUUGGAGUCUGUCUGCUGAACGAACCCCAGUACAUUAUCCUGGAACUGAUGGAAGGAGGAGACCUUCUGACCUAUUUGCGUAAAGCCCGGAUGACAACGUUUCAUGGCCCUUUACUCACCUUGGUUGACCUUGUAGACCUGUGUGUAGAUAUUUCAAAAGGCUGUGUCUACUUGGAGGAGAUGCACUUCAUUCAUAGGGAUCUGGCAGCUCGGAAUUGCCUUGUCUCCGUGAAAGAGUAUGCAAGUCCAUCCCGGAUGGUGAAGAUCGGGGACUUUGGACUUGCCAGGGACGUCUAUAAAAACGACUACUACAGAAAGAGAGGAGAAGGCCUGCUGCCUGUGCGGUGGAUGGCUCCAGAAAGUUUGAUGGAUGGACUCUUCACUACUCAGUCUGAUGUAUGGUCUUUUGGAAUUCUGAUUUGGGAAAUUUUAACUCUUGGUCAUCAGCCUUAUCCAGCUCAUUCCAACCUUGAUGUUUUAAACUAUGUGCAAACCGGAGGGAGACUGGAGCCACCGAGAAAUUGUCCUGAUGAUCUGUGGACAUUAAUGACCCAGUGCUGGGCUCAAGAACCUGACCAAAGACCUACUUUCCAUAAAAUUCAAGACCAGCUUCAGUUAUUCAGAAAUUUUUCCUUAAAUGGUAUUUCUCAACACGGAGAAGAAGCAAAACCUAGUGGAGUCAUAAAUGAAGGCUUUGAAGAUGAAGAUGGUCAUGUGAUUUGUUUGAAUUCAGAUGACGUUAUAUCUGAAGCCAAGAACCAAGAAGGGUUAAACUAUAUGGUACUUGCUACAGAAUUUAGCCAAGGUGAAGCUAAUUCUGAGGGUCCUGUAGACUCCAAAGAAUCUGACUCUUGUGGUCUGAGGAAAGAAGAGAAGGAACCACAUGCAGACAAAGAUAUCUGCCAAGAAAAACAAGUGGCUUACUGCCCUCCUGGCAAGCCUGAGGGCCUGAACUACGCCUGCCUCACUCACAGUGGAUAUGGAGACGGGUCUGAUUAAUAGCUCUGUUAGGGAAGCGCAGAGUUGAGACAAACACUCCUCCCAUUAAGUAGUCACUGAAAGAAAACCUGGUAGAGUGACAGAUGUGGUGGUGUGGUGGUCUAUGGCUCCUAAUGAACACCGGAAAGUGCCUGAAUUCUAAUCUUGGUUCCAAGAGCCAUUUGGUUUUAGUGUGACAAUCCCCACGCCAACUGUGUAACCUUCAGCAGAAUUCUGGGGUGAACCUUUGAGCAUUUGGAAAGCUUAGUAAGACUCACGAUUCUGGAAGGGAAACUGCUUCUCCUUACCCCAAGGGCCCUUAGGCCAUUGCCCACCCCCUUCAGUCUCGGCUGUAACAGAAACAGUUAGAUGGUUAGAGACAAAGCAGGUUUGUUCUGAGACCUGAAGGAGGAGGGUAGAAGCCUGCUCAGGGGAAUGACUGAACUACAGGCUAUCCCCAAAGGGACAGAGGAAAUGACCAAACAACUCUACCCACACAGAAGGAACCAGCACCUACGACACGAGAAGUCAUUUGGAAAGAGAUGACUACAAUAAAAGAUGGUCUUUCAUGACUCCUCUAAAAUAUUUUGUAUUUUGGAGGCUUGGAACAGUAGCUUCAAUCAUUGAAAAUAGGACAAUGAAGAUCUCUGUGUCCUAAAGUUUAGCAUUUCGUGAUCUUUGGGUUGUACAUAAAUCGCUCUGUGAUUUGUGUGCUAUUACAGAAAUUAGCUAAUAUAAAGAUUGUUUUUG